UAUAGAUACAUACUUCCCUCUUCUUCGUUCCUCCCCAUCCAUUUUCUCUGCAAUUUCUUCGCUCAGCGCCUAAAACGACGAUCCAAGGAUGUUCUUCUCCCACCAGAUUCUAGCUCGCAAGCUGCCCAUGGGGCAAAUAUGGCUGGCCGCCAAUUCUGAUGCUAAGAUGACAAGGAGGCAGUUAGCUAAGCUCAAUAUUGUUCAGAUCUGCGAAGAGAUCCUGAACCCUCCAGUACCCUUGGCGUUAAGAAUGUCCGGAAUACUGAUGGGUGGUGUUGUAAAAGUCUACCAACAUAAAGUGAAAUUUCUUUAUGAUGAUGUAAACCGGCUCAUGGUGGAAGUUAAUAGAGUUUGGAAGGUGAAUGUAACUUUACCAGAUCCUACCCAGCUCCCCAAGAAGAAAGAAAAAAAAGCCAAGAAUGAAGCUGUUACUUUGGAAGAGGAACGGGACAAAAUGAUGUUUUUCCUGCCAACCACAAAUGCUACAAUGUGCUUAGAGGAUGUGGAAAUUCCGUUCAUUAAUGUCGAUUUAGAAGACUGUCAUCAAGCUGAUGCAGCUGACAUUACUCUAGGUGAUCACUUUGACUCACAUCGAGAAGCCACAAAUCUAAAUAGUCGCUUUGAAAGGUUUGAUAUUGAAGGAGAUGAGGAGACACAGCCAUAUUUUGAUGACAUUCCAAUCCCAUGUACUCUCAUACCAUCUCCACCUGAGCAACAUAAUGGUGAACAAAAAACUUCUGGUUUGUCUAAUGAGGUCCUUGAGCAACAUCCUGAAGACCUGGUCAAUCAGCAAUCUGAUGACAGAAAAGGAGAUAUUCAGCAGCCAAAGGACCAAGAAAGGCCACGUCCACCUCGACGGAGAGCAAGAAAGGCUGCAAUUACCAUAGAUAAUCAGACUGUCGUCCUCAAUCACAUAUACAAGGACUGGCUAGGUGAUUGUUCAGAUAUAGUCUCAAGAAGAGGAAGUAGAAAACAGAACACGGAUGCAUUUUCAAAAGCAAAGGUAAUCAGACACAUGGAGCUGCCUCCUCAUGUGCUAAUGGAGGGGCUAUUCACUGAAGGGAGUAGAGAAGUUUACUAUCCAAAGCCUCUUCUAGACCUAUGGAUGAGUAGCAUCCAGCCUGCUUCACAUUCUGCAAUGGACUCUGGUAGUCAACCUUUUGAGCCAUCAUCGUCAGAGCAUAUUAUGUUUUCAGAUCACUCAGCACAUGCCUUUGAGGAUUUUCAAAGUGGAGGAAGCCAAAGAAUCAAUCCUUCAAUGGAAAAACGUAGGGGGGAUUUCACAAACAUAGAAGUGAACUUAAGUGACAACAUCAGGGUAGUCCUCAGUGAAAAUAAUAUUCUUGGGAAUGAAGCCACAGAUAUUGCUACCACAUCUGGAAGUCCUGAUACCCACUUUAGCAUGUCAUCCAGAAAGAGAUCAUACUCUUCAAACAGGCCUACUGGAAUCGGACUUGAAACAGUGGCAGAAGAUUAUGCUGAACCAGACUUCAAAAUGACUAGACUUUCUGACCUGCCUGAGAGUGAUUUAAAUCUUGACAAUGAAAUAUUGAUUGAAACCGGACCAACACAGAUGGAAAUCCCAAAUACUACCCUGCCAGUAGAUGAGAUUACAGACUCAAUUCGAGGGCAGCUGAAGACUCAUUUCGAUGCACCUGGUGCUCCAAAAGUGGAAAGCCUGAACGAUCUGACAGCUGGGAUGAGCAGAAAAGAGGCAGCCUGCAUGUUUUUUCAGACUUGUGUUCUUGCCUCGCAAAACUUCAUCAAGGUGGAACAAAGGGAAGCAUAUGACCCCAUUCUCAUCUCCAGAGGUGCAGACAUGUGACUGUGGGGAAGAUGAAUAUUUAUGCAAAUCAACGGAGCUCUAAUUUAUUUACUCUCCCAAUCUUUUUCAGUUUUGCACUUCUGCUGAGCUUAUUUAAUUCUAUAAUAACUUCUAUUAUUAUCAUUCCAUAAAUUGUUCUUUUCCUUUUCUCUUCUACUCCGAAGUAUGUGUAGAUUAGUUGCAUAUAAUUCUCAAUGACAAAAUUGCAUUCCCCAUGCAUAUCACAAUUUAAUGAAAUACGUAG